ACAAAUACACUUAACAAUAUAACUGUAACUUAAAGUUAUGUUAUAAGAGACGUUUUAUCUUUAUGUAAUACAUUUUAAAAUAUAGCUAACUAAUUCAGCUCUUAGUGUGAAACAGGUUUUCUGUCUGUACUUCUCUUCUGGUGUCGACGUAAACCUCCACAGAAUCAGGAAGUCCGGGGAUUUUCCGAAAAAUUAAAAUUGAAUGGAGAGUGGACACGACACUUUACCGACAAAUAAUGAGGAGCAACAUUUGUUAACGCGCACGUUUGACCUGUCGAUGUAGUUAGUUUCAUUAUUACUAUCUUAUUAGCUUAUCUUUUCGUUAUUUGUCAACCGGAACACCUGGAUUUUCACUUUACGUGUCAGAGGGAUGGACGUUCCUCACCUCACUGAAGAUGAAAUGGCAGAGAUUAAAAAAGACGUGCUGAUCAGACUGCGGCACUACCUCUGCGAAAAGAUCAGAGCCGAACGCCACCUCGACUUCCUGCGCUCCCGCAGGAUCUUGACACGAGACGAUGCAGAGGAAGUCAGCUGCAGGACCACACAGAGCAAGAGGACAGCCAUGAUGUUGGACAUGUUGGCUGAGCACCCCCGAGGCCUUGAUGCCUUGAUUGACUCCAUAAGAGAGUCACGCUCACAAAACUUUAUCAUCACCAAAAUCACAGAUGAGGUGCAAAAAUCCAAAAACGAGAAGAUCGAGUCUCUAAGAGUGGCUUCCAGUUCCCCGACUGAAAGCAGCCUCAGCACACCAAACACAACCAGCAGCCUUCUCCUGUCGUUUUCAAAUAACUCCACCCUGCUCUUCCACCCCGACGGAGAACGAAGCCCCUCUACUUUAGGCUUACCAGGCUCACUUAACCUUCCAUCAACACAGACCGGGGACAAUUUGUCCUCUGGGGUUGGUGCUAGCGUCGGGGUAGUUUCCUCCACAACCUCCUCCAUCCUCCCGCGGCCUGGAGACCCGGGAGCUCCUCCGCUGCCGGAUGAUGUGGCGGUUGAAUCCCCCUCUAACAUAGAUGCUGCAGCACCGGGAUCCACCAGCACCGGAGGGGACCCAAACUUCCAGCCUCUCCGAUCGCGCUCUCUCACUCCAACAUCUCACAGGAGCAUCUUUUAAUUUCACAGCUCUAUAAGACACUCUCAUUCAGUUAACGGGACAAACCAACAAGAUCCUCAGUCACUUAGUCUAAUAUCCAAAUUGCUGUUUUUGGUGUGAUGCCUUUGAUUAGUCAGAAAUUGCUGUAUGGGGAUAUACUACUAUGAUACCAAUCAUCUUUCUAUAAGGGAAAAAAAGGACAAUUUGUCAUUUUUGCUUCAGUAUUGUUUUAAAGGUCUGGAUACUGGUGCCAAACAAUCCCUUAGUUUUAAUACAAAGCCAAAACAAUACCAUAGUUUCAAAAAUAUUUACAAUAAAAAAAAAUAUAUAUUUAACAAAAAAAAAAACACACCUGUAAAAUGUGUUUUAAAUAAAAGCAGAUGUACAAGAACCUUAAUGCAGGUUAAAAUUGACAAAAUUGUUAUUUAAACUGUUUUAAAAUUAAGUAAAGAACACAUACUCAUGCUUUAAACUCAUCUAUAUAAUGUAUAUAAGUAAUGAUUCUCACAUCAUGAGCUAAGACAACUUCACUCUCCUUUCAACUGUUUUUAUAGCAAAGGUGCAACUUCCUGAUGUUUGGUGUGAAUGCAAGGCAGCUACAGUUUAUGUGCGGUGAGAACGUUUUAUACACUGGAAUGAUGCUCCAGCAAUCUGCUUAAUGAGCCGGUCUGCCUUUGACAGCACUGUAGACGAAAAUGAUGAUUUCCAGUUCAUCCUGUGCAGCAUUAAGUCCACAACAAGUUGCUUUACAUUUUUGUCACUACAGUCUUGUAUCACACAACGUGAACUUGUGUACUAUAAUCUGAUGCAAACUAAAGGUUUUCUUAACGCGUACAA